GCGUUCUCAUUCCAUUCAUCUUUUUCCAAACGAUCUAUUGGCUCCUGGCUUUUCGUUAUCGCUUCUAUUUCUAUUUCAGGACGAAAUAUCUCAUGUCGUUUGUUAUGGUUCUGGGAGCCCUUAUCGGAGGGAUGACAACCGAAGGUGGCGGAGCUGUGGCUUUUCCAGUGAUGACGCUGGCGCUAAAUAUCACCCCAGUUGUAGCUCGCGAUUUUUCAUUGAUGAUACAGUCAUGCGGUCUAAGCGCUGCCUCAUUUACAAUAUUUUUCACUGGAAUCCUUGUCGAGUGGCAUUCUGUUUUAUUCUCAACAGCCGGUGCAAUUUUUGGAGUAAUUUUCGGUAUCCAGGUUGUGGAUCCACUGUUGACGGCGGCUGAAAAAAAGAUGGCAUUUGUUUCGGUGUUUUUCUCGUUCGCUCUCUCCCUGUUCAUUUUGAACUCUGAAAAGAAACGAAUUUUCACAGGCGUUGCGGGUUCUGGUAUCGAUGUCUAUUCAUUCUCUAUACUCACACUACUUUUUCGGAUCACCGAAAAAGUAGCUACGCCGACGUCCGUUGUGCUGAUGGCUGCAAAUAGUAUGGUCGGAUUCUUCUGGAGGCAUUUUAUGCAGAACGCCAUCCAGCAGGAAUCCUGGGAAUAUUUUGCUGUAUGCUUACCCAUUGUGGUAAUUUUUGCGCCGGUUGGUAGUUUCAUUGCAUCAUAUUUACAUCGACUCACGCUCGCUACGCUUAUUUACAUCCUAGAAACAGUAGCUUUGAUUCGCCGCGUUAUUGACUAGAG